AACUGUGUCUUCCGGUCACACUGUUAUUCAGUUGCAUAAACAGUCGACCAAAAAGAAAAACAAAUAGAAUGUCGUUUAGUAUAAUGCAAAAGCUUUCAUUGCAAUGCCUAAAGGCUGAUCAACCGCUCAUAACAACAAUACGAAACGCCAGCAAAAAGACCGGCGGUAGCACGCGGAACAAGAAGGGCCAUCCGCGUCCGAAACAUCGUGGUUGGCGAGUGCAAGACGGCCACUAUGUGUCCCAUGGAACCAUUUUGGCUACCCAACUAACGACCCGCUUUCAUCCCGGAUUGAAUGUGGGCCUUGGACGUAAUGGCACAUUAUUUGCCAUAGAACAUGGCAAAGUUGUAGUCAGCUGUGAGCCCAUUGAUCCAAACUGGGAUCACACCUGGAUUCAGCGCAACUAUGCUGGUCGCCAAGACCAAACUAUUCAUAAGAAAUUUUUCAAUGUAAUUCCUGAGAAGCAGCAUCAGCGUUUCCGUCUUGUGGAUGAAAUCUAAAUUGAUAUUAAAAUGUAUUUAAAAAUCA